UCGAGCUUUGCAUCUUUGCCGGGUUCGUGCGUUGACAGUCUUGCGAAAAUGUUUCGAAAUCGUACGGUGGUGUUCGUUACCCUUCUACUCUACGUCCUCACGAUGGCCAACUGUGAUCUGGAUUUACAAAUGUUACACGUGGUGUUUCGACACGGUGACAAGGUGCCACAUCGAGAAUACCAAAACUAUCCUAACGAUCCUUAUAAGGACUACUCGUAUUAUCCAAUGGGGAACGGAGAUCUAACAAACCAAGGUAAGCUGCGUGAAUACAGGAUUGGUACGAUGCUCCGUGAGCGUUACGAUCGAUAUUUCGGGGCGGAAUAUUGGCCGGAGAAGAUCUAUGCUCGAUCAACGCACGUCCCAAGGACUCACUUGUCUCUACAGCUAGUUCUCGCCGGAUUAUUCCCGCCCUCGGAGAAGCAAACCUGGAAUCCACAUCUACCCUGGAUUCCGACAUUCUCGUUCUUCGUGCCCUAUGAGGCUGACAAUCUUCUCUUUCCGCAUCACUGCCCGAGGUACAAGGAGGAAUACGCUAAAUUUCUGAGGCAGAAGAGCGCCCAGGACAUGUUGGACCAGCACAGAAACGUGACGAAAUAUCUGACUGAACGUACUGGAAAGGCAAUGAACACCACGUCAGCUGUUACUUAUUUGUACAAUUUAUUGAAGGAACAGGCAGCUCAGAACCUGUCGCUACCAGAGUGGACUCGAACUGUCUAUCCUACAGCAAUGAAGGAAAUACUCGCGUUGGACUUUAAUCUCAGAUCGUUCACAAGGACGUUGAAACGUUUAAACGGAGGUUUGUUGAUACGUAAAAUGGUGGAGGAUAUCAAGACGUACAAGACAGGGAGAUUGGAACCGUACGAUAGGAAAGCGUUCCUUUUCUCCGCGCACGAGAUGAACGUCGCUGCAGUUGCGAAGGCUUUGGACUUGGACGAACCCAUUGUUCCUGCGUACGGAGCCACGCUCAUUUUGGAAACGCUCCGUGACAAGAAAGGAAAUUACUAUGUCCGGGUUCUGUAUUGGACCGGAGUUACCGAGCAGCUAAAAAUCAAAAAGAUCGGCGAGUGCGUGGAAUUGUGUCCCCUGGACAUAUUCCUCGCGAUCGUGAAAGACGUGAUACCAAGUAACGAUGAAUAUUAUUGCAACCCUAGCGAGACUUGGGUACAAUCGAGCAACAGUGGAGCAUAUUCCUCGACGUCAAGUCUAACCAUAGACAAUAUCUGGUGCUACCUAUUCUCCUUUCUUUUUCUCGCAUUUUCCUGUGCACGCGUCGACAUCACCAGCGUCUAUCUUCGACAACGAAGAGAAAGAUUGCAAUAAUAUUGUUACUGUUUAUAAAAAAUAAUAUCGACAAGUGAUUGUAGAUAUUCGUUGUAAUAUCGGUGUAUCGAAGAUAGUAGAACUAUUCGAAUAUACCUGCGAGAAAAUCUUGAGAAGCACGUUUAUAGACACAAAGUAUUAGAAUAAACAACUGCAAUAUUGUUAUAAUCUCUAGUCAGAACUGUUAACUAC